AAUUAUAAACUGGUGUUCAACGACAUUGUCGAUUAUGUAAGUCCGUGGCAUGGGGCAAUAGCCAAUAUUAUUCCAUCGAGUAACGACGACGACGAUGUAUGGGGAGUUAUACAUGAAUUCGAUAAACAGACCGCUGAACGACUGACGAAGAACCUGACUGGGAGCAAUGGAAUUUACCAACUUAUUCGAGUGACUGUAAAGUACCCUGACAACCGGACUGUGGAUUGCAGUAGCUUUGAAUUACGAAACCCCUUACCUGGCGAAAGGCGUCCGUCUCCUCAAUAUCUGAGUAUGGUCGUGGCGGGCGCUAUGCAGAAAGGGCUUCCAGAAGAAUACACUAAUAAGUUAAAACGCGUGGUACAUAAUUCGCACGAAGGACCGAUUAGUUUAGACGACAAAGCUAUCGGAGAAUUGACUUAUUAA